AUGAGUGGCGUGGAGCUAGGAUUGGCUUCAUUUGCUGCGGCAGACUUGGUUCUUAAUUAUGGCAAGAGGUUGAUAAAGUUGUACAAGGAUUACAACAGCGCCGAUGACUAUGUAAAGGAGAGUAUCCUGCUGGUCGAGGCCAUCCUCAGCCGUGCAGAUACGCAAGUCGAGUUUCUGAAACAGGUCGAAAGCAAACUCAGCGACGACCAGCGCAGGAUCCAGUUUGAGCUCUAUGAGAUGCUGAAGGACAGGCUAUACAUCGCCGUCGGCAAGCUUGAAUCGGUCAUCUCUGAAAAGGGCAUCAGGAAGGUUAAGCUGGCCAUUGUCAAGAGCAGUAUCAAGGAGGUUGUCGAACAGCUUGAGCGUUGGCAGAGGAUCUUUGAUCCAACUUGGCUACUCGUCUUCCGCACUCAUAACAUCAUCAUAGAUGCAAAGCUACAAACCGAACUAGCAGCUUCAUCCCGUACCACAUCGGUUGGGGAAUCCAUUGCUGCCCAAGCCUCUCGAGAGACUCUAGGAGAGGCACAUGCUUUCCGCAGAAUCGUAAACGGAGAACUCGAUCAGGUCCAUGUCACAUUGCCUCAAGAAAAACUGAACUGGACCCAAGCAGAGUCGGUAUCAUUUUCAUCGACCCAAAUCAUCGCGCGAAUCGGCUCUCAAAAGCGAUACCUCGUCAACUCGAUCCCAUGCCACUCCAAUAUGGAUAUCGCCAGCGUCAGAGCAGACUCCGAAGACUUGGCAAAGAAGCUGCACCAGAUCAACUCAGAUGACUGUGGUCUUCUAGCUUGCUAUGGGCUCGUCAAGAGGAGAGGCCCGGGCCAGCGAAAGAUCAAUUCACUGGAUUUGGUUUUCCAGAUGCCCCAAAAAGAUGCCACACCGGUUACCUUGAGGGAACGCCUCAUGCAACCCCAGAUCUUCAGCCUUACUGAAGCACUCGAUCUAUCGAGGCAUCUCGCAAGGGCAGUCAGUUACGUCCACGCCUACCACUUUGUCCACAAGAACAUCCGACCCGGAAACAUUCUACUGUUUCCCAAAAACGAAUCCGACACAUCUCUGGGAUCUGCCUAUCUUCUCGGUUUUGACUCUUUCCGCAGCGUCAACUUCCAGACUCUCUUCGAGGGAGACAUUACCUGGGAAGGGAAUCUCUAUCGACACCCUGGGCGCCAAGGCCUUCGUGCCCACGACAAAUACGUCAUGCAGCAUGAUGUGUAUAGCCUUGGGGUCUGUUUGCUGGAGGUUGGCCUCUGGGCGAGUUUUGUACAGCACGACGGCGAGACGGCUCCAGGUGAGGCUCUAGGCUUGACCGUGGAGGAUUUUGGCAAGAUACAAGAAACUGGCAGGCCGUCUCCCUUCAUCAAGGAUCAUCUUGUGAAGCUUGCACAGUCUAGGCUUCCGAUGAAGAUGGGAGAUAGGUACACGGCAGUUGUCGUCACAUGUCUGUGCUGUUUGGACGAUGACAAUGAGGAUUUUAGGGAGGAGAGCGACAUGCAGGAUGACGAUGGGAUCUUGAUAGGAGUCAAGUUUAUUGGAAAGGUUCUGAUGCGACUAAACGAGAUUUCUAUCUAG